AAACAAAACAUGGCUGAUAUACGGCUCGAGGUCCCUGCAGAGAACUCGGUGUUAGAAGUAUUAUAUGAUGGCACAGAAUUAUAUCAACAGCCUCCGACUAUGUCGGAGAAUCUCACACAGUUGGCGAGGAAGAUUGACUUUGCAACUGAUGGUGAGGAGGUAACAACUGAAGAAAAAAAAGAGGAGGAGGAGGAAGAAGAAAAACAACCUUUUCAGCAACCUCACUGGCCAUUAGAAGAAGUCAGAAACAAGGUUAGACAAGCCUUGACAGAGAUGUCGGUCUUACAUGAUUUACUGGUGAUCGUGAAGCAGAAACCUCCACAAUAUAUGGUGUUGGACCCUGUACAUGCUGAGCCUCCAGAGCAGAAAAAUUACAUACAAUUUCUUGCUCUUAAGAAGAAUGGGAGCCUACAGUCCGCUGCUACUAUCCUCCUGAAUGGAGCUGAACGCCUCCGCACGUCUCAGGCAGAAAUGGGCCGACCAAAUCGUACGGUGCAAGACUUCCACAUCGAGCUGCUGAGGCUGAGGCAAAACUGGCGGUUGAAAAAAGUUGCCAAGACCAUAAUAGGAGACCUCUCAUACCGAUCUGCAGGCUCAAUGUUCAGACAUACUGGCAUAUUUGAAGUCUCAAAAGCAGAUGAAGGAGCAGGACCAAGUGCUGUGGUUGGCACAGGUUCAGCCUCUCCCAUAUCUCCCUUGCCCUCACGUGGUUUACAGUCGUCCCUGCGAGUCACUGUCCCAACGGAGCUGAUGGGCUCUGCGUACAUCUUUGUCUGCAUCAAAAAAGAUGAAGAAGACAUCUGCUCUGCACAAUUAAAUAACUGUGAUUUUGUAGCGGGAGACACCCCAUGGCAACAAAAACUUGAGAAGGCUCAGAAUGUGUUGUUUUGUAAAGAACUGUUCAGCCAGUUGGCCCGAGAAGCCGUCAAACUCACUCCCUCAAUACCUCAUCUUGUGGUUGGUAAUCAAAUUACUGCCACAAUUUUCCCUGGAAUCCAUCUGCUGGUGGGAUUGUGUCACUCUGAUGGCAAGAACAAUGUACGCGGUAAACCCACUACUGGUCAGGGGCCCCCAGGUACUUGUGGGCCCACCAGCAAUAUGGUUGGGAGUGGUAGUGGAGUUAGCACUGGUACUGUUGGAGGAGGUCCCACUCCCUCUAAAUACAAACAUGAGCACGACUUGGAACAUUCGCUCCACCAGUUGCUACAUCGGGUCUACCACCAUAGUUUUCAGCACCCACUGCCUCAUCCUGUCUAUGCCCCGAUGGGCAUGAGUAAACGCAGAAGGGCAGCCGGACCUGAGGGAAUGGAUAAGAAUCAGAUGAUCAGCUUAAUGAAGGAUCAGACAUUGUUGGAACAAAUAAUACGACAAGUGCAACACAACUUUCUGAGACUAAGGACCAUGUAUGUGAUUGACCAAUUGGCUGCUGAGUUUAAAGACCCAUUAAUUGUCUCUCAUUGGAAUGCUUUCAAUUCACCGACCCAAUCCUGUGUAAAGAUCAACAUAGUCACCCAGGGGUACGACACUGUAUUACGAACCAAGUUAGUGAUUCACAUCUUCGAAAGAACAUUAAAGUGUAUUUGUAGGGACGGUAAAAUCAUGACCAUGUCCUUCGAACCUCAAGAACUCAGAAAUCUGAUACUUUGCCAAAUCUCUCAGCACAAUAUGGCUGCCUUACAAGUUCUGGCUAAAUACACUGGCUGGACUCUCCUGUCAUCCGAGCAAAAUAUUGGAACUGGUGCCAUAGAACCACUCGGUAAUGCUUCAACCGUCAUGCUGGCCUCACCCUCAGGAAACAAGGUUAUUGGAGUCCAUUCAGGCCCUCAUCAACGCGUGUCCGUUUACGUGUCCUCAUCACCCCGUCCAGACUUCUACCCGUCAACGGUGGUGAUGGAACAGAGAUGGGAACACCUUGGAUCCAAUUGGCAGGAAGUAAGACUCGAUCGGAUGGAGGGACGAAACUUCUUGAACAAGAUGGAGCUCCUUAUGGCGGCCCUCACUGCUUGAGACUAUCUGAUCUAGAGGAAUAAGUUACUUCCUCAUAUUGAGAAUGUAACCUAUGGGUGAUAUUCCUGUACAUUGUUGUGUUUACUUACAGUACAUUGAAAUUGGUACAGAUAGUGGAUUUGGCCGUGCAAUUAGGGUUGAUGGGAUGGAUAAUGGUAGAGAUAUUAAUGAGUAAAAUUUACUGUAGGAGGGGCAGGGAAAGGCAGAGACGGGGAUGGUUGAAUAAAAAGAAAACCUGAUUCCUUAGAGAUUCAAAAUUUAGAAGGAUUGAUCAGGACAGCCUGAGAAUUCUGGAGUGGAAGAGCCUGGUGGCCAGCCUUCACACAUGAGGAUAGAAGUACAGUACCUUGAUUCAUUGAGUUUGGAAUUCAGAAUAAAAGCUGUCAAGUUAUUAAAGUAGGAAACUGAUGCAAGAAAUACAAAUUGUUUAUUUUCUCAGACCAUUAGAUUUACUGUAUUGUACCAUUGCAGUGUAUUUUCAAGACUUCCAAAGUAUUGAUAUCUAGUUUGGCUUUUGAAGCGUUGUAUGUAUAUUUUCUUUUCAGUUUAAAUAAAGGAAAAUGGAAAAUUCUAAAAGAA